AUGGCCGAAAUAUUCGGCAUCGUUUCCGGGGCCUUGAGUGUUGCAGCCAUCUUCAAUAAUUGUGUUGAAACUUUUGAGUACAUCCAACUCGGUCGCCGUUUCGGAGAGGACUUUCAGAGAUACCAGCUCAAACUAGACCUUGCAAAGACACGCCUGGGGAGGUGGGGGGAGGCCAUCUCCAUCAAUAACGAACCUCGUUUCUCUUGUACCACAUCAGAUGAUAAAGAGGUGAAUAUUGCAAGGGAAAUCUUGGAAGACAUCGCAAGUUGCUUUGAGGGUGCACAAAAGAAAUCUAGCCGAUAUGCGGAUCGAGCCGAUCAGCAGGAGCUAGAGGUAUUUGGGGAAAGCAACAUGAACCCCAUGUUUCGACGAUUGCAUAAACACUCAAAGGAUAUUGCUCGCCAAAGACAAAAGACUACGAGCAUAAUCAAGAAGACCAAAUGGGCGCUCUACGAUGCGAAAAGCCUCGAAAGGACAAUCGAUCAGAUUUGUUCAUGGAUUGAUGAACUGGAAAAGCUGUUUCCCGCAGAAUCAGCACAAAGGCAAUUAGUCGAGCGAGAGAUUCAGAUGAUUGACGACAAAUCAAGCCUCGAAGCAUUAGAGGACGCCGCUAGCGGGGUCGACCCUGUUAUGGAAGACGCAGUACAAAGAAAGUUGAACAUGAUCGAGGGGCAUAACUCAGCAGAAUUUGUCAAUCUAGAGGGAUCAGCAAAAUUCCUAGUCGGCAAUGUCUUUUCAGAAAAGUUUCUUCAACGCGAUACUCUUCUCAAUGAUCGGACCAAAAACUCCAUGAGAACAGUAUCGGCUACGAAUCAGUCACGUCUUCAGGUUGGGAAUGUUUAUGGGGCCAGAGGCAUCUGGGAAGAUUAG